AUACAAGCUUGGGUUUACGAUUUGAUUGGUCGUUGUUUGAGGGAAUUUCGUUUGAGAACUCGCUUGUUCUGGUGGUAGCUUGUGUGAAUUGAUAUUUUUUUACAUAUUUAUUAACUAUUGUGACAUAAACACUACUCCGCAAUGUCGUCUAAAACAAAAAAAAGUGUGACAUCUACUUCAAACAUUAGUGUCGUAUCAUCUGUACAAAGCCCUCCGCAAUCAAGCACUCCUGUUGGUAGCCGCCCUUCUAGCUCUGCCGGCCGGCCCAGUAGCCCUUUAAGUCCAACAAGACAUAGCCGACUUCAGGAAAAAGAUGCUUUACAAAACCUUAAUGACCGCUUGGCGGCUUACAUUGAUAAAGUCCGUCAGCUCGAAAGUGAAAACUCUGGUUUGCGUCGUGAAAUACAAACUACACAGGAGGUGGUCACCCGCGAGGUGUCCAAUAUAAAGGGAAUGUAUGAACAUGAAUUGCAAGACGCCAGAAAACUGUUAGAUGAUACAUCUCGUGAGAAAGCCAAGUUGGAAAUUGAUUUGAAGAGGUUAUAUGAAGAGAACGAUGAUUUGAAGAAGCGAUUGGAUAAAAAGACAAAGGACUGCCAACAGGCCGAAAAUUUGGCUCGUCACUACGAGACUCGUUUCACCGAAGAGAGCAACAAAUAUAACACCGCCCUCGCUGACAAGAAGAAGGCCCAGGAUGAAGCACGGGAUCUUGCCAAAGAGUUGGAGAAACUGCGCAAGGUGUACGCCGACACGCGCAAAACUCUCGAGGAGGAGAUGCUGUGCCGCAUCGACAUGGAGAACACCGUGCAGAGCCUUCGCGAGGAGCUCUCCUUCAAAGACCAGGUGUUCCAACAGGAACUGCAGGAGACCCGCACCAGGCGACAAGUCGAGAUCUCCGAAAUUGACGGCAGAUUGGCACAGCAGUAUGAGGCGAAGCUGCAACAGAGUCUCCAGGAGUUGCGUGAACAGCAGGAGGCUAACAUCAAGGCCAACCGUGAUGAAAUCGAAGCUCUCUAUGAGAACAAGCUGAAGAACUUACAAGGCGCCGCGAGCCGCAACAGCCAGGCGGCGACAGUCGCCGUGGAGGAGCUGCGCACCAUGCGCACACGCAUCCACUCCCUCAAUUCAACCCUCAACGACUUGGAGAAUAAGAAUGCUGCACUCAGUAACCGCUGCCGCGAACUGGAGCGUCAGCUGGAGGCGGAGCGCGCGCGGCACGCCGAGGACUUGGCGUCGCUGGAGCAGGAGCUGGCGCGCCUGCGCGACGAGAUGGCCGCGCAGCUGCGCGAGUACGCCACCCUCAUGGACAUCAAGAUCUCGCUCGACCACGAGAUCGCCACCUACCGCGCGCUCAUCGAGGGCGAGGAGGACAGGUUGAACCUGACCGGGCAGUCGCCAGGCCGCGAAUCGCGCGCUUCCGUCGCCGCGUCGAGCAGCGGCAUCGGCAGCACGGGCCGCCUCACGCCCGGCCGCCGCGCCACGCCGCUGCGUGCCGCCCGCAAGCGGACGCUGCUCGAUGAGAGCGAGGAGCGCAGCCUCAGCGACUACAGCGUCACCGCCAGCGCCAAGGGUGACCUCGAGGUGGCCGAGGCCUGCCCCGAAGGCACAUUUGUCAAGAUUCGCAACAAGGGCAAGAAGGAACUGAGUCUCGGUGGCUACCAGAUCAUCCGCAAAGCCGGCGACCAGGAGACAGUGUUCAAGUUCCACCGCACAGUGAAGCUGGAGCCGGGCGCAGUGGCGACCGUGUGGUCAGCUGACGUCGGCGCCGACCACGAUCCCCCACACCACAUCGUUAUGAAGGGACAGAAGUGGUUCGUCGCCGACAACUUCACCACGGCACUCCUCAAUAAUGAUCAGGAGGAGGUAGCCAUAUCUGAGAGGCAGCGGCGGCAAGUCAGCACCAGCGCCCAAAGACAUCGGGAACUUGCACAUAAAUUCCCUCGCCGUGAUCAGCUGGGUGAGAUCCGGGAGGGCGAAGAGAACUGCCGCAUCAUGUAACGUGCAACAGAGAGCCCCUCGCCACUCGGUGCCUCACGCUUCACUUGUCCGGAGCUACGCAUUCUGCCCUGUGGGCAUCCUCCCUCACUACAUUCUACAGCGUUUCUUUAACGAGAUGCUUAAUUAUUACGUGUUUUACGUUAGUCACUGACACAUCAAUAUUGUACCACGAAUUGUGCCUCAGUGCGAUGUUCGUGCAAAUGUAUUGUAUUAUUUCUACUUAAUUCAUGUGUUACAUUAGAAUUAAUUUUAAAAGAGGGCAGCACGCUAGGUUUAGAUGAAACGAUGCUCCUAGACAAUGUAUAAGAAAAUGUUUAAUGUUAUAUCUCCAUCAGUGACGUUGUCAUUGAUAAAUGCAUUGUGUUCGUGAUAUAAUUGUAAUACAAUAAUAAGUAUCUGGCAUAUAACAUUCUGCCAAGUUAAAGAAAUCAUGAAAGAUUUUUCACUGCCGUACAUGGCUUUUCCUAUUAAUUUGUCAGUCAGUGAACAAAGUACAAAUAUCGUUCACUUUUAAGUGGGUAAGUAUAGAAUAAAUUGAAAGAGUUUUAUAAGCACCCACCCACCCUUCACCACACAUUAGUUAAUAAGUAAUUUUAUAUUCGUAAUUAAUUAAAAUAUCCAUCUGAUAAUACAGAAAAUGGAGUAGAUUAAAUCUACUAAUAUUCAUAUUAAUGACCUUGAUUGAACUAAAAAAGUUUAUUAUAUUAGAUUAAGCUCUAGAUGACACUUUUGCUGAUGUCAAUUUAGGAUUAAGUGGUGGUUUUCAUAUAACUGAAUUACUUUAUAGAAAAAGCAAAUAGGUGCAAGUCUCAAAAGUCUCAUAAUAAUGUAAUAAAUGGGAAUAAAAUAUUAAGGACUUUGUAUUGUAUAAAUAUUAUUGAAAAUCAGACACCAUCAAUGUAUUUAUAAGUACACGGAAAUACAUUAAAUAAUUUGUUUUUAGAUAUAAUUUGUGUAUUGUGUUCCACAAGAAAAGAUAUCACUACUUUUUUAAUCAUUGAGAGGAUCGAAUCUAAUUUGUCAUAAAUUUUUCGUUAAUAAGUAAUCGUGAGACAAUUUUAAUUUGGACCCAGUUUGUAAUUUCCAUAUAGAGAAAAAUACAUAUUAUUACAAAUAAAUUAUAUUUAAGUUUAAUAAUAAAA